AUUCAGAUACCAGUUAAAGCCUCUCAAAAAACUCUCUUCUUAAAAAUCACAUGGCUGAAUUCAAUGCAGAUUUCCAAAGCUUUAGAACCUCGUUUCCUUUCUUAGAUGUUGAUAACAUGGAAAUGCACAACUUGAUGCCAUUUGACAGCUUCUUGGGCUCCCCAGAACCUGAAUUUCCAGGAAACUUGCAUGACAAUUUUCCAGGUCUUGUGCAAUGUGCCAACAAUCACAAUGCAGUUCCAGUUUUAGUUCCUAUUAGUUCAAUUAAAAAUGAAAUACAUCAAGGUAGAAAGAGGAAAGGAACUGAUAUGUGUGAACCAAGUUCUGCAAAUUCAACUUCUGUUGUUACUGAGAGUGGAAGCAAGACAAGAAAUGGUUCUAGAAGAGGCAAGAGAGUUAAAAGGAAUGCAAUAGAAGACAAGAAACCAAAUGAAGUAGUUCAUGUUAGAGCCAAACGAGGUCAAGCCACUGAUAGUCACAGUUUAGCAGAAAGGGUUAGAAGAGGAAAAAUCAAUGAAAAACUUAGGUGCUUGCAGAACAUUGUCCCAGGAUGUUACAAGACCAUGGGUAUGGCAAUAAUGUUGGACGAGAUAAUAAACUAUGUCCAGUCCUUGCAGCAUCAAGUGGAGUUCCUCUCUAUGAAGCUUACUACAGCAAGUACCUAUUAUGACUUCAAUUCAGAAUCAGAUGCUUUAGAAACAAUGCAGAGAGCAAGGGCAUCCGAGGCGAAGUGUUUUAACGAGAAUGCGUUGCAACAACCGUGGCCCCUGUGACUUAGGUUUUGGAUAUGUUUGAUUUAACUCAUCAUCAAGAACCAAGCUUGCUCCAUUGCCCUUAUUACUUUCUUUUUACAAUUUUAGUAUAAGCACAACUAGACAUUGUCGUUUGUACAAUCCCAUCCAACACUUGAAGAAAUCAAAGUCAUUAAUUAAAGCCUA